UAAAGGUUCCGGGGGGAGGUGACACGUGGCUCCGCUAGAGGGGCGGGGAGUUGGGCGUAGGAGGACUGGGAUGGCUGGGACUGAGAGGACCACCGAGAACGGAUGAUGUGGGGCAGGAUCUCGGCAUGGCUGUGCUUUGUGUGUCUGGGCUUCCAGCUCGGCUCUGCUUGUGUCCCAGGAAGUCGGGCUUGUGAGAACACCAACGUCUCCUCGGUGGAUGCCUGGAUCUACUCUCUGAUUGCCUCUCUGCUGGUGGGACUGAGCGGAGUCUUCCCCCUUUUAGUGACCCCCAUUGAGGCCGGUGAAGCUUUGAGGUCUGAAGAGAGUUCGAAAAGGCUGAAGCAACUGUUAAGUUUUGCUAUUGGUGGAUUAUUGGGCGACGUGUUUGUGCAUCUUCUGCCAGAGGCCUGGGCAUACACCUGCAGCGCCACAACAGGAAACUCCCAGUCUCUCCAGCAGCAGAGGCUCCUCGGCCUUUGGGUUAUCGUUGGGUUCCUCACCUUCCUUUUACUAGAGAAAACCUUUUCUGAUGAGAAAAAUGAAGAAAAAGAGAAGAGCACCACUCCAAAACUGGCUUCAGGAAGUUUAAUGAAUGGAAAGCAUGACGUGCACAAGAAGGAUGUAGCCAAAGAACAAAGCUCUGGAGGCGGCAGCAUUAAGGUCUGCGGUUAUCUCAAUCUCCUGGCCAACACUAUUGAUAAUUUUACACACGGUAUGGCGGUGGCAGGCAGUUUUCUGGUCAGUAGAAAGGUUGGAAUACUCACAACAACAGCCAUUUUGUUACAUGAGAUCCCCCAUGAGGUCGGGGAUUUUGCCAUCCUCCUCCGCGCUGGUUUUGAUCGUUGGAGUGCCGCUAAGAUGCAGCUGAUGACAGCAAUGGGGGGCAUCCUGGGGGCUGGCUUUGCUGUCUGCGCUCAGUCACCCAAAGGGGCAGGGGAAACGGUAGCUUGGAUUUUACCAUUUACUUCUGGGGGAUUUCUCUACAUCGCAUUGGUGAAUGUAUUACCCGAUCUUCUAUCAGAAACAAGUAUGAGGAAUUCUCUGAUCCAGGUGUUGCUGAUAAGCUGCGGAAUUGCCGUGAUGACGGUCCUCUCGUUAAUAGUGGAAUGACAACAAGACGGCUCUUAUCGAAGAGGAAUACGUGAUGCUGAUGUACAUUUUGUGGCACAGUCUCCAUCCAAAAAUGGUUCCUGUGCAGGAACGGUACCGUCAUCUGCAGGACAUCCUUCGCUUUAUUCUGCAUGGACUGCCAGAAGAGGACCAAGGCAACAGAAUGGGCAUUUACUUUCCCGUCUGGUUCACUUUAUUUUUUGAAGGUCUUUUCUCAUUUCUCCCUCGCAGCAGUCAGGUGCUCGGCUUCUAUACAAAGCCAGUAGAUAGUCCAGCCCCAGCUGACAGCUGUUUUCUAAAUGCACAUUUUUUUUGCUUUUACUGUCUAUGUGCCUGUCUAAUGUUGGCCACACAUGCAGUUUUCACAAACCAUGAACAAAAUUGUAGCUCUAAUUGUAAUUGCUGGGAGCUUGAGAACCGGUCGCUGCGCAACAGCGAAAAUUGGAAGACCGUAGCAAAAGGUAUCAAACCAAACCGGUUUAUGACUCCACGGCCGGUCACAGGUUCAGUGGCUGCAGUAGACCCAUCCUAGCCUCUGAAGUGCAAAUUGAUAGAGACGCUGCGUCACUGCUUCAGUGAGCUUUAUUCUACAAACCGUGCAAUACAAAUACCGCCAGAGCCAAUCCCCUCCAAUGCACUGCUCGCUGUAUUCACGCUGACAGUGUAAGGAAAAUGGAUGUACAUUUCCAUCCAUUUUAUGUGCGUUUUUACGUGCUAAUCUGCGUUUUAGCUCACUUGUAAAAUGCAGGUCAACAUAUUAGACACAAAAACUUUUUUUUUUUUUAUAGGUAUGUGUCCUGUUAACACUACAAUGCUGUGUUGACCCGAGUUGUGCUGCGUUUAAAUGCAAAAUGAAAAUGCAGCGUUGUAGUGUGAACAUGACACAUAAAAAGCAAUUUUUUAUUAUGUGUAUGCGCUGACCUGCAUUUUACAAGUGUGCUAAAACGCAGAUCAACGUGUUAAAACACACAUAAAAUGGAUGGACAUCAAUUUCCCCCGCAUUUUAGUGCAAGUCAGUGUGAGUUCAGCCUAAAGCCGCGUGCGUACACGCGACCAUUUUUCAUGUCAUGGAAAACGUUUUUCUCAACACGAUUCUUGUCAAGCCUGCCUUGCAUACAC